AAACACAUAGAUACAGAGAACAGAGUAGUGAUUACCAGAGGGAAGGGAGUAGGGGGAGAGUGAAAAUGGGCUAAGGGGGUCAACUGUAUCAUAAUGGAUGGAAACUAAGUUUUUGGUGGUGUGCAUGCUGUAGGGUACAGAGAUGUAGAAAUACAACAUUGUACACAUGAAACUUGUAUAAUGUUAUAAACCAAUGAUACUACAAUUUUUAAAAAGUCAGUUGAACCAUCAUUUAGUCUAACAUUUAUAUCCUAUGGACCUGGUGUUAUAAAUUGGAGAUCUGGUCCUGAAAGUUCAUUUUUCCAUUACAAUACCAAAGUCCAUUGUUAAAAUAUAUAAAAAUCACAAAUAUCUGUUCUUAUAAACAUUAGAUAUUUUAUCUAAAUGGUUAAUAUAAAGUUUUGUUUUAAGUUCCUUAUGGGAGUUUUUUCCACAUGAGACUGAGGCUCUUUCAAAACAUAAAUACUACAAGUUUUAUGGAUGUGCUCUCCUGUUUCUGAAAUCUUGAUAUCGUUAAAAAGAAUGAGAUAGCUCUUCCUUGGCAAUGCCUGUGGAGGUGGCGGCCAUCUCCUGCUUGGCAUCAUGGCCACCCUCAUGAAUCCCAAGAUUGUCAAAAAGAGGACCAAGAAGUUCAUCCAGCACCAGUCAGGCCAGUAUGUCAAAAUUAAGUGUAACUGGCAGAAACCCAGAGGUGAUGGGAGCAACAAGAAAACAAAGCACAUGCUUCCCAGUGGCUUCUGGAAGUUCCUAGUCCACAACAUCGAGGAGCUUGAAGUGCUGCUGUGCAACAAAUCAUACUCUACUGAGACUGCUCACAAUGUCUCCUCUAAGAACUGUAAAGCCUUUGUGGAGAGAGCAGCCCAGCUGGCCACCAGAGUCACCAAUCCUUGUGCCAGGUUGUGCAGUGAAGAAAAUGAGUACACAGCUCAUGUGCAUGUUUAUUUGUGUCAAUAAAACCAUAAAACUCAGACCAAAAAAAGAGUGAGAUUGAUCUGUAUAAGCUGUUUUGCAAACACAUCUAAAGAUAAACGAUGAAGUGAAAAAGGAAAGUAG